AUGGGCGAGCACUCAGCAAUCUGGCAAAGCUAUGUCGACACCAGCCUGAUGGGCUCGGGUCAAUUCGACAAGGCUGGUAUUCUCGCUGCUGACUUCUCUGGUGUUGAGGCUGCCUCGCCCGGCUUCGCGCUUUCCCAGGAGGAGAUCAACUCCUUGAUCACCGCUUACACUUCCAGCGACAAGGCUUUUGCCGAUGGCAUCUCUGUCUGCGGUGAGAAGUUUGUCGCCAUCAAGGCUGACGAGCGCAGUGUAUACGGCAAGAAGGGUAAGGAGGGUAUCAUUAUUUCCCGUGCCUCCUCUUGCACCAUCAUCGCCCACCACAACGAGUCCGUCCAAACCACCAACGCGGCCACCGUUGUCGAGAACCUCGUCGACUACCUCAACAACGCCCGGUAA